CAUAACUGUUUCCCUACUUCUUCCCUUCCUCUUCUGCUUCUCUUCUCCUACUCUAUUCUUUCUUAAUCAUUCCCCUUUCUCUUCUAAUCCUGCAAUUCCUCUCUCCGUUCAAGCAAUCCUACACAUCAAUCGCCGGAAUCGAUCCUUCAUCCGACCUGAGUGUUACACUUCCCCUUCGGCCGAGUUUCGACGGAGUCUUCUUUCUUCCCAACUUGGGUUUGGAAUGAUAGGGCUGACUUCAUUAGUUUCUUUCCAUUUCCAAUUUCUAAUAAAUCGACGCUGGAGUUCGUAAUGAUGACUGAAGCCUGAAGGUACUAUUCAGAGCGAAACCAUGUCGGAAUUGUUGAAUCAAUUCGAAUGCAUUCUCGAUUCCGAUCCCCUCAUCAACGAAGUAGGGUUCAUUCACCCUUCGCAAUUUGCGACAUUAGAGAAAGAUCCUGAAGCUGGUAGCUCACGAUCGGAAGCCUCGGAUGCGCUGGAUGGUGGAGAUGGGAGCUUCUGGAUUCGAGAUCACAAACUGGGCAUUUCCUCGGAGGUUGUUCUCCUAUUGUACAAGGCUGCCAGAGAACAAUUCAUGAAUGCAAUUGCAGAAUACAGGAAACUCGGCGACCUAUCUCUUCCUUCUGCUGAAGCUCUAGGAAUUGUGGUUAUGAAAUGCAGCAAAGCACUUGUGUUGUUAAGCCCUGAUUUCGGGACUGCUUGGAAUUCCAGAAAGUUAAUAGUAUCGAAGAAGACACAAGCGUCAAUGUUCACUGACGAGCUCCGCUUGUCUGCCCUUGUCCUUUCGUAUUCACCCAAGAGCGAGCAAGCAUGGAGCCAUAGGAGGUGGGUGAUCAAGAAUAUGGCCAGAAAUCGUACAACUUUGCAAGAGAUUUUGAGGGAAGAAUCUGACCUGGUGGAGAAGAUAGCAGAGAGAUCAAAGAUGAACUAUCGUGCAUGGAAUCAUCGCUGCUGGUUGGUUUCUUACAUGGAUAGAGAACAGGUGAUUCAGGAACUGAAGAAAUCCAAAACGUGGGCUGGGUUACAUGUUGCUGAUAAUUCUUGCUUUCAUUAUCGCAUGCGGCUAAUCAUCAGAAUUUUAGAGGAUUGCUGCCGUAAGCAAGAAGAGGGGUCGUGUGAUUCUUGUGUUGAAGUUUAUUUGAUCUGGCAGGAGGAGCUUGACUGGAAUGAAGAAUUAAUAAAGCGUUAUUUAGGAAGGGAGGCUCUAUGGCUCUACCGUCGCUUUCUCUCCUUAUUAUGGAUAAGGCAUUUCACAAGCGAUGUCAACGACGUGUCUUCCCCACAAAAAAGCCAAUCUAGCAUCCAAGUGAACGUCAGUGUGUUUUUGGAUGAGGAGUUGCUCCUCGUCAAUUCAUGCUCGGAAGGAUGUGAUGAUGAGUUUGAAGAUUUUGAAGAACAAGCAAUUUGUUCAGCAUCUUACAUGUUAUGGUUGACAAAGCAAAUCCCUGAAACCCAGAAGUUAGAACUGAGAGAGAAGAUAGAGAAUGAGCGUCUGGACGCCAUGUUGAAGUUGGUGUCCCUGAGAGGUCCUCCAUUUGGGGCUAUCUAAGAUUAGUAAGUAUAUUUGGCUGCCAUGGACGCUGGAAGUGGAUGGUAUUAAUGAGAGUUGUUAUUUGCCAUUUCCCGCCCACAGUUACGCAAAAAAUGACCAGUAUACCCCUAAUAAAUUUCUAAAACCUAAAUUUCUAACCCUCCACUCCACUCUCCCUCCCGUAUUCCUAGACCUGGCAAAUUACAACCCGAUCCGUUGACCCGAAAUGGUUGCGUUUUCGAUGACCCCGUGUGACCGUAUGAAAAUAGCCUGAGUGGAUGCCUCCUGUAAUAUAGCUAGAUUUGAAGUAACUACUCGUAGGCACAUUCCUUGUGUAAUCCAAUCUCUAGCUCAAGGAAGCCAUCAUACUCUGAUUGUGUGAUCAUAUCUUGUUGGACGUAUUCCUCAUACAGUCAUUUGCUCUACUGGCAGACUGCCAGACUCUGCAGAUGUGCUUCUCUUAUCUCUUUUGAACUGAUAUGAAGAAGUUUCUGCCGUAAUUUAGGCUUUCAUAGGUGUGCUUCAACAGAUGAACUGCAGCUACUUUUCCAUGCAUUUAGAUCAGUUACAAACAAAAGGAACUGGUAGUCCGGGUGUUGGACAAGAUGGACAUCAACAGCUUCUGAUAUUUCUGUUUCUUUGCUAGUCUUUUGAGUCUGGAGUGACUGAAAGGAAUGUAUUAUGGCUAUCACUUGUAUAGCAACUUCCCC